GGGCGGAGGCUGAGGCCGCCGCCUCGCCGCCUCCGCCUCGGCGAAUAGCAGCGCGCUGCCCGCCGGAUUGGAGCAGCAGCAUCACGCUGACCUCUGCCUGGGAUGUAAACCGGGCCGGCCGCUGCGGGCAGAAGGAGGACUCGUGGCUCCUGCGGGAAACCCAGCGCCACCAGCGGGCUCCGAGCGGCUAGCAGGGGUCGGGCGGCGGCAGCCUUGGCCCAGGCAGCGGAGGCAGCCGGCGCGGGCGCGGGCGGGGAGCGUGCGUCCGUUCGUACAGCAGCGGGAGGAGGGGCGGCGCGAGCCAUGGCCGGGGACAGCGAGCAGACCCUCCAGAACCACCAGCAGCCCAACGGCGGGGAACCCUUCCUGAUCGGCGUCAGUGGGGGCACGGCAAGCGGCAAGUCCUCCGUCUGUGCCAAGAUCGUGCAGCUCCUGGGUCAGAACGAAGUGGACUAUCGCCAGAAGCAGGUGGUCAUCCUAAGCCAGGACAGCUUCUAUCGUGUCCUCACGUCCGAGCAGAAGGCCAAGGCCCUCAAGGGCCAGUUCAACUUUGAUCACCCGGAUGCCUUUGACAAUGAACUCAUCUUCAAGACGCUCAAAGAAAUCACAGAAGGAAAAACGGUCCAGAUUCCCGUGUACGACUUUGUCUCCCAUUCCCGGAAGGAGGAGACGGUUACUGUCUACCCUGCCGACGUGGUGCUCUUUGAAGGGAUCCUGGCCUUCUACUCCCAGGAGGUCCGAGACCUGUUCCAGAUGAAGCUGUUCGUGGACACAGAUGCCGACACCCGGCUCUCCCGCAGAGUAUUAAGGGACAUCAGUGAGCGAGGGCGGGACCUGGAGCAGAUCCUCUCUCAGUACAUUACAUUCGUCAAGCCCGCCUUCGAAGAGUUCUGCUUACCAACGAAGAAAUAUGCCGAUGUGAUUAUUCCUAGAGGUGCAGAUAAUCUCGUGGCCAUCAACCUCAUCGUCCAACACAUCCAGGACAUCCUCAACGGAGGACUCUCCAAACGGCAGACCAACGGCUGUCUGAAUGGCUACACUCCUUCACGCAAGAGGCAGGCGUCAGAGUCCAGCAGCCGGCCGCACUGACCCCUGCCUCCUUCAGAACCCAGCGCCUCUCUCCAGGAGACAGAGGAGGGGUCAGGAGGCACUGUUCAUCUGUACAUACCGUUUCCUAUGACAUUACUAUAUUUAAGAAAACACCAUGGAGAGGAAAUGCCUUUGAUUUUUUUUUUUUUCUUUUUCUUUUUGUACUCUGGAACGGCGAAACAAAAACAGAACUUGACCCUGAGCUUAAAUGACAAACUGUGCCAACUACUACUGGUGAUGCCUAAUUAUGACUCCAACAUGUAACCAGUUAUAAAUACAUACAUAUAUAUAUAUA